AUGGUGGCACUCUGUGUGGUGGGCCUUUAUUUUCCGGAGACGGUGGGUGGAAAAAAGUGCGAUUUUGCGGAUUGCAUCAAACGGACGUGGUCAUACCUAGCGGAAAAGAGUAGUAACACCUCCUUCUACGCAGGGGAUGGUUGGCGGUUUGUUUGGCAGAGGGAGAUUGACAACAACACCUUCUCCGCCGCAUCCCUCGUCCUCCUCGUCAACAAUGAUGCCACAAGUAAUGGGACGACUGCGGUCUUGCUGCCAAAUUCAACCAUCCUCGUUCCCAGCAUUAAUUUUGACAGAAGCGAUACAAUCUGGCUGCUCGGGCCGGGUUAUGGAUCCCAUAAAGUCCGGGCGGAAAAAGUGUUCAGUGUGGAGCAAGGAUUCACUAGAAUUCAGCUCAGCAAUAUCACAAAUCCGGAAAUUAUUCUCGCCCCAGCAACACCUUCACGCAUCUCACAUUCCGCCCGACCUCCCCCGCCAACGACAAAGUGUCAGGUCUAUGGAUUCCAGAAAUAUGUUGUAUGGUGGUUUGAACUGCUCCGUCUGGCUGCUACUGUUCUUCGGAGGGAAAAAUGUGACACUAUUUUCAAUAACGGGACUGCAAUUCCUGCCUUAAAUUUCAAAGUGUUUUGCAUAAAAAUGGAAAUUUUGGAUAAACAGUGGCCUGAAAGAGGCCUCAGAUUUGAACAGGGUUAUUCAAAUAGUCGCGAAGGGAACUUCACGGGACCCAUUCCGGUUGAAGUGAGGGAUAGAUACCCGAUUUUUUGCAGUUCCACAUCCAACACGACAUGGGGAGGAGGGAUGAAAAGUUUGGGUGUUGGUAGAAGUUAAGAAAUCUUUCAUCUGGCAGGUUUUGCACGAUAUCAGAAAAUGUAUUUGGGACAGGCGUACAUGAUUGUGGAAUAUUAUAGAGAUUGACUCCGUAAUUAGAGUCAAGCUCUUUAGAUUUUGAUUCCAACUAUAGGAGAAAUAUUGGAAAUAUAAAGUAACUCGUUAUUAUUUUUUAUUUUUAUUAUAUGAAUUAUGGUUAUGUUGAUCUAAUUCAAUUUGCAAAAAGAAAUAUAAGUGAUCAAUCUGUGUAGUUAAA